CGGAGACGGAUGGGUCGGGCACGGCGGUCGCGGCGGGCGUGGCGGGCACGUGGGUCACAACUUGCUUCGGAGGUUGUCGCUUUGCGAGGCUCCGAUGAGUUUCGUUGCGAGUGAGAUGCCGCCGCUGGGUUGGAAUUCUCGUUGUGCGAAGUUCCGAAUGACGCGGAGAGGAAGGGCGAGGGAGGAUGGGUAGAGCGACUCCGGACAUCGCACGAUCAUGGCAAGGGAGGAUGGAUAGAGGAUGUAGUCGGCGGAGAUACCAUCGUUCGUAGUAUACUCAUCCUAUCGCGUCCACAGAGAGCUCUGAUCUAUCUCAAUCGACGACGCCAACGUGAACAAACGACAGUCAUGCCUCCAGCAUCCCCAAAGCCAACCAUCACCGGCACCGGUGCGCUGGCUGUAGUAUCCGGCUCCUUCCUCUCAGGCACAAUGAUGUCCCUCUCCCUCCUCGCCGUCCCCGUCUUCCUCAGCACCACGACAUCCCCCACCCAACUCCUGCGCGAAUGGGCUAGGAUGUACGCCCUGGGCCACCAGGUCCUUCCCAGCAUCUCGGUUGCUACUAUGGUGCUGUAUUCGUACACGGCGUAUACGCAGCGGGUUGCGAAUAAGCGAUGGAAGAUCUUCGUCGCCGCAGGCGUGACGACGGUGCUAAUGCUGCCGUUCACAUGGUUCAUCAUGGCGCCGACAAACGGGAGGCUGUUUGCGCUCGAGGCCGCUGCUCGAAUGGGCGGCGAUGGCGCGAGCUGGGAAGCUGUUAAGGGGCUUGUGGGCAGGUGGCGGCUGUUGCACUUGUGCAGGAGUUUGUUUCCGCUUGGGGGCGCGCUGCUGGGGCUGGGUGGGCUUUGGGAGUGAGUGGAGCGGCGGAGAGGGAUCGGGGACACUGCGGGUAAUGCUCGGGCGAUAGGGAGGGAUGCGAGGGUUGAGGGGUGGGAGUAUGGUCUAUGUGGUCAGUAUCGGCAUGUAGCAAAUUCAGAGACGGGGGGCGAUGGUCUAACGCCUCUUCUGCGUUGAACUUCGCUUGAUAGAUGGCUCUCCUCAAGUAGCAAGUCCUCCUAUCACUACUACUAUCACCCCACUCACCCAUCCA